AUGUCCUAUCCGCAAGAGACAUUCGUCCGAACGUCCCUGCUCCCAGACUCCCUCAUCGCUCGACGGCGAGAAGUCGUCUGGUCCAACACCUUGCUGUACCAACUCGACGUCCUCAAGAAGACCGGCCGAUACGAUGCCUUCAAACUGACAUGGCACCCCUCGUACUCGGACCCUCCAGACGUCUGGCCCAUUCCGAACCAUCUGUUCUGGGACUCGGACAUAGGCAAAUGGAUCGAAGGAGCGUGCUACUUCCUGCGAACGCACAAGCAACAAUCAGACGACACCAACAAUGACAGCGCCAUCGUCGUCAUCCACAAGGCGAUCGUCGAGCUCGUCCAGAUGAUCCGCUCCGCCCAGCAAGCCGACGGAUACCUGAACAUCCACUACACCGUCGUCGAGCCGGGCAAGCGCUUCACCAACCUGCGCGACUUCCACGAACUCUACAAUGCGGGCCACCUGAUCGAAGCCGCCCUCGCGCAUAACGACUUGUACAGCAACAGCAACAGCAACACCAGCAACGACCUCCUCGAGCCGAUGCUCAAAUACGUCGACCUCCUGUGCCGCACGUUCGGCCCCGAGCAAAACCAGAUCCAUGGUUACCCGGGCCAUCCGGAGAUCGAGCUCGCGCUGCUGCGAUUGUACCACCGCACGAACAAUCCCAAACAUCUCGCGCUGGCCAACUAUUUCAUCACGGAACGAGGGAAUCCGACGGGAGGAGACGGCCAGAAGAAAAAUUACUUCGUCGUCGAAGCAGAGCGCCGAGGCGAACCACCCUACGCCCGGAUGUCGUACUGGGGCGAGGCAAAUGCUCUAUGGUACUACCAGGCCCACAAGCCCAUCGUCGAGCAGCAGACCAUCAAGGGACACUCGGUGCGAGCCAUGUAUCUUCUCACGGCCGCGUCGGAUCUGGUGAACUCCUCAAAGAGAAAAAACGCCGGCGCCGGUAAUGCAGAUGCAUAUAGUGCACGGCUGGAAGACGCGGUUUACCGGCUGUGGGACAACAUGGUCGAAUGCAAGAUGUACGUCACCGGCGGGAUCGGCGCGAUGAAGCAGUGGGAAGGCUUCGGUCUGGAUUAUUUCCUGCCCCAGGGUACCGAUGAAGGAGGCUGCUAUGCCGAGACAUGUGCGGCGAUUGGAGUCAUGAUGCUAGCCGAGCGGAUACUGCAGUACGACCUUGACCGCCGCUUCAGCGAUAUCAUGGAGUUGUGUCUGUACAACGCCGUGUUGACGGCUAUGUCGCAUGACGGCACGAAAUUCACCUACGUCAACCAGCUCGCGUCCAGCGAGCAAGACCCAUCGAAGCGGGAGGAGUGGUUCACAUGUGCAUGUUGUCCGCCCAACGUGCUGAGACUGAUGGGGCAGAUUGGUGGGUAUAUAUACACGUUGGCAGACACUCUCGCAGACAGACCCGAUUCACAAAAGCAGUCUGCGCAGAUCAAUGUCCAUUUGUACAUCUCGAGCCAGUACGAGUUCCAAGUCGAUGGCGUGCCGGCCAUUUUGACGCAGAAGGGCGACUGGCCGUGGGGCGGGAAGGUCGAGUUCGAGCUGCAGACCACAUCGUCGAAGGUCAGCCUGGCCUUGAGGAUACCUGGCUGGGCCAAGUCGUGGAAGGUAUCUCCGUCUCCACCAACGACGUCUCUCGAUAAAGGAUACCUGAUCCUGCCUGCGGACUGGGUGUCAGGCAAUCGAAGUUUCACCCUCGACAUCGACGUAUCCUUACGUCUCGUCUCGCCGCAUCCAUACACGAACCAAGAUACGCUGGCCCUGGUCCGUGGGCCAAUAGUGUAUUGUGUCGAAGACGUGGACAAUCCAUGGGUCAAAGAUCACUUCAAGAGUGUCCAGCUCGACCCUCCAUGCUCGGUCCAGGAGGAGGUUGUAAUGGACGACACUACAGGAGAUACCUAUGUAGCGCUCACAGUCGUGAAGGGGGCCAACAUGCUCAAGCUGUCGGACAUCCACGCUUGCCCUGGCGUUGAGGCCACGGAGUUGGACAAGGCGGUGCAGUCCGACGAUGCGGUCAUUGAGGAGUUGAAGUUUGUGCCCUACUACUUCAGAGCAAAUCGUGGCGGGCGUGGGCAUGCCCGAGUUGGCCUCAAAAGGUGGCAUAGAUAG